UCCAUCGGUGAUUUUUUGUAUCACAUUAUUGUGUUGGUAACGCGCCCACUAGUUUCUCUCCGUCCCUCUUCACUUUUCUUUCGACUUUGGCGUCAACGAACAAACAACAUCGCGAAGCAAAGAAAAACCGUUCAUUUCUAUUCCCUUGGCUACCAACAAAUAUCUUAAUUCCCUCAUUUUUCGACGUUAUUCUCAUUUUUCUUCUCACUGAAUCUCUUAUCCAUUUUCUUCUACCUUUUCUCUCUUCAAUUUUAUUAUAUCUCUCUCUCUGUCUAGAUAUCCGUGUUUUGUCAUGAGUAACUACGAUACCAAUCCCUUCGCCGAAGAUGAGGUUAAUCCUUUCUCCGACGGACCUGCUAAUAGAAAAGCAUCAGGGCAAUCAAAUAUUGGUGGUGGUUUAUUCUUUAAUACCAAUUCAAGAAGUGCAUCUACAAAGCUUUCACCCCUGUCUCCUGAGCCUUAUGAUCGUUCAGCAACUGUUGACAUUCCUCUCGAUUCCUCAGAGGAGCUCAAAGCUAAGGAGAAGGAACUCCAAGCCAGAGAGGCUGAGUUGAAAAGAAGGGAACAGGAGCUAAAACGAAAGGAAGAUGCUAUAGCACGAGCUGGAAUAGUUAUAGAGGAGAAUAAUUGGCCGCCUAUUUUCCCCGUCAUUCAUCACGACAUUGCAAAAGAAAUACCAAUACAUCUUCAAUCAAUCCAGUAUGUUGCAUUUACAACAUGGUUGGGUUUGAUUGUAUGUCUUCUAUGGAAUAUUGUAGCAGUUACUGUAGCUUGGAUCAAAGGAGAAGGUGUUUCACUCUGGUUUCUAGCUAUCAUAUACUUUAUUUCCGGUGUGCCAGCAUCGUAUGUUAUGUGGUAUCGACCUCUUUAUCGUGCUACAAGGACGGACAGUGCUUUAAAGUUUAGCUGGUUUUUCUUGACUUAUUCGGUGCAUGUUCUCUUUUGCGUUUUUGCUGCAAUUGCUCCUCCAAUUAUCUUCAAAGGGAAAUCUCUCACAGGUAUUCUACCUGCAUUUGAGGUAAUGAGCGAGAAUACGGUGCUUGGGAUAUUUUACUUCAUUGGGUUUGGAUUUUUCGCCGUUGAAUCACUGCUGAGCAUUUGGGUUAUUCAGCAAGUAUACAUGUACUUCAGGGGCAGUGGCAAGGCUGCAGAAAUGAGGCGAGAGGCUGCAAAAGGGGCCAUGAGAGCAGCUCUAUGACAAAGCGAUGAAAUGUGGAAAAUUGCACUUGGAAAGGUCUAUCUUAGCGAUGGACAUCCAAAAUAUUGAUUUGGUGCUUCCCGUUUCUUGUACUUUUCGAGGCUUAUGUAAUAGUAGGAAUGCUUACUCUGCAGAUUCUGGCCUAGGAACUCAGUCAAAUUAGAUGGUUAACACAAACUCUACUUGUGCAUACAUAAGGCUACAUUAUUUGAGAUUUGAGAUAAGCCAUUCAUGUGUGUAUG